GCUGAAGGCCCAAUAUUAGACGUUAAAGCCUUUCAUUCGAAGAUAUCUGCCUCUCUCAAAUUCUCAGCGUUUCUUAGGGUUUUCUUCGUCUUCAACCUAGACUACAAGCAGAACAGCGGUGAACGGCGACCGAACCACCGCCACCAACCAGUCAUGGCUACCCAAAUGAGCAAAAAGCGAAAGUUUGUGGCUGAUGGAGUGUUCUUUGCUGAGCUUAACGAAGUUCUUACUAGAGAGCUUGCAGAGGAUGGAUACUCCGGAGUGGAGGUUAGGGUUACACCUAUGCGUACUGAGAUUAUCAUUAGGGCUACUCGCACUCAGAACGUUCUUGGUGAGAAAGGAAGGAGAAUCAGAGAAUUGACAUCUGUUGUUCAGAAGCGUUUCAAGUUCCCUGAAGACAGUGUUGAGCUAUAUGCCGAGAAGGUCAACAACAGAGGACUCUGUGCCAUUGCUCAAGCUGAGUCUCUGCGCUACAAGCUUUUAGGAGGCCUUGCUGUGAGAAGGGCCUGCUAUGGUGUUCUUAGAUUUGUCAUGGAGAGUGGAGCUAAAGGAUGUGAGGUUAUUGUUAGUGGUAAGCUGAGAGCUCAGCGUGCAAAAUCCAUGAAAUUCAAGGAUGGCUACAUGAUUUCGUCUGGACAGCCAGUGAAAGAAUAUAUAGACUCUGCCGUGAGACACGUUCUUCUUAGACAGGGUGUUUUGGGUAUCAAGGUCAAGAUCAUGCUCGAUUGGGAUCCUAAGGGUAAGCAAGGUCCACCGACGCCUCUUCCAGAUUUGGUUACCAUCCAUACUCCCAAAGAGGAAGAGGAUUUCAUCAGGCCUGUGGCUGCUGUGAUCCCGACGGCCGAGAUUGAAGUUGGAGCAGCUUAAGAGAUGAGAGACAUGAGGGAGGAAGUAGUGUAGUGUUGCUUACUAUAAUGUCAUUUGUUUCAGAAUAUGGAAUUUCUAAGUUUUGAUGUCGUUUUCGUUUUGAGUUUUGAUUUUGGGAUGUUUUUGUUACAAAAAUAUUCACACAAACUUCGUAAAUUUACUCUCAUCUCAUAUCUCCUAGUGUUUUAAUGUUAAAUCUUAUUUCACUUCUGUAACAUGAGCCAAAGAACUCACUUCUAUUGUAUCGAUUCUCGAUUUGGUUUUUC